GUCUGCCGCUUCGAGGCGAAGAUGGCCCAUUGCGAGCCUGAGGAUGUGAUGAGAACGUUCAUUAUAGCUUACUACCCCGCCGACGACGAGGUGGCAGUCUUUGAGCUGGAGUCGCGCAAUAGUGGACACAAGGCCGGCAAGUUCGCCGAGAAGAGGCGGAUGAGGAACCCCGAUGCGGGCAGGUACUUCGAGUUGGGGGACUUCUACAUCGGGUGCACGGUGAAGGUGGCCUCGGUACCUUUCAAGAUUGUGCGGGCUGACGAGCAUUGCUUGAAGUACUUGGAGGCGAGGCCUGACGAGUUCCCAUACGCCGACCCGCGUCGGUGCGCGCUGAAGCUCGCCCCACUAGCGGACGAGCGGCAGAUGCAGGACGAGGGCGGCAUCGACCCCGACCAGGUCGUGGCCCUCGCCGCCCAGAGGGGCGUCGACCUGCUCGACCACGAGAUGGUCACGCUCCUGCGAUUCUUCGACAUGGGCGGCGAGGAGCCCAAGAUCCUGGGGCCCGCGGUGCUGGAGGUGCAGAGGCAGAUGGGCGUCGCGUGA